AUGCUUGGCUCCAGGUGGCUGAAUGCUCGCCAAAGAAGCGCGGAAAGAGCGUGCCUACUCUCGUCCUCAGCUGUUCGCUGCGCCCGCUUACUCUCUACCCAGGAGGCUGGCGGCAAGCUGAAAAUGUCGUCCGCCUCUGGGAGACGGAGCGCGCCCAGCAUUGGAAAUUAUUUUUCGCUUGAUGACAUAUUGACUACUAAUGAGCGGAUUCCUUGCAAGAUAGAACUUCUUAUACCGAAGCUCGGAUCACUAGACUCCUCAUCGAAAGAAGAAGACCUAAAGCCGGGGACAAAACUUGAUCUACCAUACUGGCUGGCUGCACCCCUACUUAGUCGUCGCAUUGUUUCUGCUGAAGUACCAAAAGUGUACCGGGAGACAUACAGAGAAAUCCUGAGUGCUGAUGCCGUUGCUGUGGAUCUCUACAGACUUCAGCCACAGUACUACAAAUUUGGGCUGCUUAUGCAAAGGCUUCAUCUGUCUGAUGUGGAAUAUGUGAACAACAGCCUUAUUGAGGCGUUCAAGAACCGAUUCCGGUACAUCAUGGACUGCUCCCAAGGCAGCCUCAAGGAGGACGCGCUGGACGUGACCGCGCGAUUGGACCUGUCCGAGCGUGUGCUGUUCUCGUUGGGUCGCGAGGCGCUGGAAGAUCUUCAGCGCUGGCUGCGACGCGAGUCGCACCGCAUCGCCACGGCUACCAUGGUGACCAACCACCGCAAGCGCAAGAGGGCCGCCUUGACAGAGUCCAGCUGAGCGACGCUGGGUGCUAGUUGUGCCAUCUGAUGCCAGCGGUGGCUACACGUCGUGCAGGAACGGACGCCUUCGGUGCCAUUUCGCGGCUUCGUUGAAUUGUUUCUGCGCAGCUCCCGAAACGGGAGAGCAUUAAUGUGUGUGUGUGUGUGUGUGUGUGUAUUGCACAGCGCUAUAGCGCCACUGCAAUUGAAACUUUGGGGCUAAAAUGUCGUGGAUUACCGUUUUUACGAACUAUUGCGCUACCAUUUUCAUUGUCCAGAAAACUUUUGUAAAAAGUGACGCGACGUAAACUUGACUUUUGUCAAAGCAUCGCUAGCCAGCCGUAAUCUUCGCUUUUUGCAAAAACAAAUUGCCUUUUUAUACAUCCA